AAUAUCUUUUUUAAUUUAAAUAUAAAAUAAUAUAAAAAAAAUGAGUACAAAUAAAGCUUUUGUAGGACAACCUGCUCCACAAUUCGAAUCUCCUGCAUGGGAUAACGGAAUUAAAACCGUAACUUUAAAAUAAUAUGAAGGAAAAUAUGUUGUAUUAUUUUUUUAUCCUUUCGAUUUCACAUUUGUAUGCCCAACAGAAAUCAUUAACUUUUCUGAAUCCGCUGAAGUAUUUAGAAAAAUGAACUGCGAGGUGAUAGGAUGCUCCAUUGACUCACAUUUUGUACAUGCUGAAUGGUGCAAAAAACCAAGAAAAGAAGGAGGUUUAGGAAACAUGAAUAUUCCUUUAAUAGCUGAUGUUUCUAAAUAAGUAUGCAGUGAUUACGGAGUGCUUAUUUAAGAUGGACCUAAUAAAGGAGCUGCUUAUAGAGGUACUUUUAUAAUAGAUACAAAGGGAAUUAUUAGACAUGUUUCAAUCAAUGAUUUACCUGUUGGAAGAAAUAUCGAUGAAUUAAUUAGACUUGUUUAAGCAUUCUAAUAUGUUGAUGAAAACGGUGAAGUAUGCCCUGCUAAAUGGAAACCUGGAUAAAAAUCUAUGGUUCCUGAUCAUAACAGUUCUAAAUUAAAAGAAUAUUGGGAAACUGAACAUGCUAAAAAUUGAUAUUAAUAAAAGCUAAUUUUUAUAAAAUAUUAUAUAAAAAUUAUAUUAAAAAGUUAUUAUUAAGUAAAUAAAGAAUAAUAAAAACAAUUAAAUAAUGAUUUAUAUAUAAAUAUAAUAAAAUAUUUUUAUUAACUUUUUUAAUAAUAUAUAAUAUAUUAUUAGAA